AUGGCUCCACACACGCGCACAAAGCGUGCACGCAAUGUCGCGUCAACGCCUCAUCCAUCUAUGAAAGCCACCUCUGAUAAUAUUCCUCCUCUAGCCAAAGGCGAUAGCCUCGGCGGCAGUCACGAAUCUGAGAGUGUUAGACACGAGACCGACGAUCCGGAAAGUCAAGAAAUAAAGACACUAGCACCCCAGUACCCACUGUACGGCUCGGGUGGGCGAAUGUCUGGGCGAGAACCAUCACGGACGCCGACGCCGGAGCCCUAUGAUCCCGAAACCUAUACGGCCUGGUAUCGGAAGCAUUAUGGCGAAGAGCUGUACGCAAUCGUAGAGUGCGAGCAGAUGCCAGCACCAUGCACCUACGAUCCUGACACGUACGAUCCUUAUGCGCGAAUGCCCUGGACGCCCGAAUCAGAGCCCUAUCAUCCUGAGAACUAUGCGGCAUGGGGCAGAGAGCGUUUUGGCGAAGAGUGGUACUAA